CAAUAUUAUCUGCUCAUAUUCAGCCAAAUGCUUCACAACUCAUUGGACGCCGCUUCACAUGUGUUCAAUGUGUGGCCCCCAGGGGCGGACUGACAACUCAUAGGGCCCCCGGGCAAUAGGGGAUCAUGGGGCCCCUGUGUCCUUGCCCAAACUCAAAAAAGCCUAUGAAAAGGUACCAGGGGCAUCUCAUGGGGCCCCCUACUGACCCCGGGCCCUCGGGCAGUGCCCGAGUUUCCAAAUGGUCAGUCCGCCCCUGGUGG